AUGUUCACCAAGUUCACUCUCCCGAAGCAGUACGACGGCGACCCCGUCACGAAGCGCUUAUGGCUACAGUCGCGCCGCAACAGCGCCGGCGAGGUCAUUCCCGCCGGCCAAGCUCGCUCCUUCACGCUUGCCAACGUUCGCAUUGGCUUCGAUGCGCUCUGUAUCCUUAUCCCUCGCCUGUUUGAUCUCAUGCGUUCCCCCGAGUACGCGGACGCUCUCCGCCUCUUCCUCGAGUACUUCUCGAUCAUCGUUGCGUCCGCUCUUCUGCCUUCCUUGUCGAUGUGGACGACGACCAAGCUCAUGGAUCUAGCCGAGACGAGUCUGACUGGCGGCGACGUCUCCGUCUCUCUUGCGACCUGGACUGCCGGCAUGGUCAUCAUGGUCCGCAUUCUCUCGCACGUCACGCGCAGCCGCGAGGAACGCCUCGACCGCCGCCUGUCCGAGCUUUACUCCUGGAAGAUCGAGCGCGCCUAUCUGUCACUGAAGCUUAGCGAGCAUCCAGCCGGCCCUCGUGACGAUGACCGGGUCGCAAUGCUGCACGAGGCGGCCGUUCAUGCCGGCAAGGAGCGCGCGUACGACGCCAACGGCUCGGGGCGUUGGAUGCUCAGCGAGCCCAAAUAUCGCGUGCGCUCGCUGUGUCUCCUGUUCAAGCGUAUCCUCGGUAUCUCGUCCGAGCUCAGUGUCGCUUGGGUUGCUCUCGGCGGCUCGGGUGUGUCGGGUUACGCCCUCUCGAUCGUCUUCCUGCCCUGGCUCGCCCGUGCUAUCCAGGGUCUCUGGCCGCACCAGACUUACCAGGAGAAGCGCAUCAGGCGCUCACACGAGCAGCGCCAGCUCGAGUCGUUGAAGCACGCCCUGGACAGCGUGUUCCGCAACCAUAUCGACGAGAUUCACAUGUUGCAAAUGCGCGAGUUCCUCCUCGAGAAGUGGGAGCAGACCGUCGAGGGACUCGCCGAGGUGCGGGAGACGCCUGCCAGCAAGAGCACCUCGCUCAUCGACUCGAUCCUCAGCACCCUGUCCUGGUUUCUCAUCGCGACCAAGCUGGUCUCCAUCGAUGCCAGUCUCGGAAGCCUCCUCGUCAUCCACCACGUCAUGGAGGAUCUCAACUGGCGCCUGUCCGACUUCGUCGACAACACCUGCGACGCGCUGAACAACGUCUUCUUCUUCCUCCCCUACGUCGCAGCCAGGGACGACGAGAACAACCGCGCCGCCCUCAUCGACUACGAGACCACUCGCGGCCGCAUCGCGAGCCCCGCCGCCAAGGAGCGUCUCCUCCAGCGCAUCGCUGAGUCGAUGGAUCUCAAGAAGCUCCGCGAGGCUGCUGAGGCCGAGUCUACCUCCACCGACGACCUCAUCGAGAUGAAGCGUGACACCAAGCUGGCCACCGAGCCCAUGGUCGGUCUCGGCCUUGAGCUGGGCACCGAUGUGGAUGGCCUGGAGAUGACUUCUUUGGGCAGCGGGAAGGAUAUGGCCAACAAGUCCGCCGACGCCGCUGAGGCGGCCCCAAAGAAAACCGACGACAUGGACAAGGCCCCGGCGACCUCUACCCCAGUCGACAAGCGUAUCUCCCUCAUCUCCGAAGAGGAGCGCUCGGUGUUCCGUGUCGACAGCGGUGUCGGUUCGCUCGCGAGCGAGGCAGACGACAAUCGUAGCGGGAUGGUCGUCUCUCUCUCGAAUGUCACGGUCUCGUACCCCGACGGCGCCCUUGCCGUGAAGGAUGUGUCUCUCGAGAUCGCCGCCGGCGAGACACUCGCGAUUGUUGGACACAACGGGUCCGGCAAGACUACUCUCGUCAAGGCUCUCCUCGGUUUGGUUAGCUGUGACGGCACGAUCAAGAUGAACGGCGUGCGCGUGCAGGAUCUCGACCCCGCGAGCAUUGCGCGCCGCGUCGCGACCGUUUUCCAGAGCACGAUCAAGCACGGCCUUACGCUGCGCGAGGAGAUCAACAUCGGCAGCCUGACCACUCCCUCCAUCCUGCCCCGUGCUGUGAAGCGCGGCGGCGCCACGCCGAUCCUCGACCGCGUCGACCUCGACACAACCCUGGCCGCAUGCACCCGCGAGCAUGCCGAGAAGUACUACAAGCUCACGCGCGACGAUGUCGCCAUCGGCGACUUCCACAAGCGCGCCCGCAACGAUACAUACCUCUCCGGCGGGGAGUGGCAGCGCGUCGCCCUCUCUCGCGCCUUCAUGCGCGCGCACGCGGAUCUCAUUGUCUUCGACGAGCCCACCGCCGCCCUCGACCCUCGCGCCGAGAGCGAGCUGUUCGAGAAUCUUCUGUCUCUGGGCAAGCGCCACGAGUGCACUACCAUCUUCAUCAGCCACGGGUUCGGUAACGUCCGCCGCGCCGACAAGAUCGCCUUCAUGGAGCGCGGCCGCAUCGUCGAAUAUGGCACGCACGAGGAGCUCGUCGCCCUCAAUGGCCGCUACAACGAGUUCUACUCGCUCCAGGCCAACCGCUUCAAGUGA